GGAGAAAUUCCAAUACCUUAUAUAUAUAUAUAUAUAUAUAUAUAUAUAAAAAGAGAAGAGAGUUGAGUAGAGAUAUAUACAAAGAUGUGGAAGUAUGAAAGUGAGUGGGGGUUUAAUAGGCAUACCCAUUACGACUUCCCCUCUCUCUUAGCCUCCAAUUCCGAGUCCAGGGACUUUCUUCUCCGCAACGAUGGCACCAAGGUUAAACUGAGUAGCUUGAACGAAAGAAAGUUUGUGGGUUUGUUAUUUUCUGCGUCAUGUAACUUUUAUGAGAACAUAUAUAUGUUGGUACAACUCUACAAACAAAAGCAAGGCGAAUUCGAGCUGGUUUACGUUUCCUCCGACGAAAACCAAGACUCCUUCAAUGCCAUCUUUUCGAAGAUGACAUGGUUGGCCAUUCCCUUUUCUGAUUCCACCAUUUGGAUUCGCAGUCGCUUGAACGAGUUCUUCCACAUUUAUUGGCCCAACACUCUUGUCAUUUUCCACGACAAUGGAAAGUUCGUAACCGACGAAGGAGUAAAAUUACUCGAAGAUUACGGACUCGAAGCGUACCCAUUCACAGAUGAAAGAAUAGAUUCUUUGCAUGAAUACAUUUUUCAGUACCAUUUGAGUUAUUAUCUAGUCUCCGAAUCUCGUGAUUACUUUAUUUCCAAUGACGGCCAUCAGGUUCCUUUCUCUGAGCUUGAGGGAAAAAUAGUUGGCUUGUAUUUAUGUGAUAUUUCUAAUCGCCAAUGCCUUGAAACCACCACCGACGUACUUAAGGAUUUUUAUGGCAAACUCAAGGAGAAAGGUGUAGACGACUUUGAAAUUGUUUUCAUUCCUACCAACAUUGACGAUGAUGACCAAGAGGGAUUCACAAAAGCUUUUCAAAACAUGCCAUGGUUGGCAUUGCCAUUCACUGAUAAAACUUGUAACCAGAAAAUUUUGGCCUAUUAUCAAUACCCCUUCUCUCCAGUACUUCUAGUCAUAUUUGGGGUUGAUGGAAAGAUAAUGGACGAAGUUUACGCAGAUGUUGAACGGCUUGGCAUCCAAGCUUACCCUUUUGCACGAGAAAAUCUCAAUCGUCAGAUUGAAAACAGUAUAAGUGAAGAAUCCCAAGAUUUCGAGUCUCUUUUAGCCUCUUUUGACAACGAAUUUGUCAUCAGAAAUGAUAGAAAUAAUGAAUAAGAAACUAAAAGUUUUUUUUAUGUUUAAUUACCAUGGAGCUUAAGGUUGUACAACUUAUAUAAUAAAGGAGCUUAAGGCUGUACAACUUAUAUAAUAAAAGAGCUUAUGUAAUGUUGCCUACUUUGAUUAUGUGUUGUAUACAAAACAAACAAGCAAGCAAUAACAGUUUGUUCUGAAAUUAAGCAAAAGGUCAUAUCAAAUCUCCAGAAACCUUGGAGAUUUUUCAAAUUUUGUGACAAA